GACAAAUCAACAACAGAAGAAAUCGAUUUUAGUCAUACAAAUUUUUGUACGUAGUUUUCUACAGUAUUUUUGAGGUGUUUUUAUGUAAAAUAAGGAAUUGUGCUAAAUUAAUUUAGGAAUAUAUGAUUGUAUAUAAGUAUAAAGUUAAGUAAUUGAAUACGCAAAAUGCAAAAUUCCAAUCAUAAUCACAAUAAGCACUACGAUAAUAAAUCAAUGGCUGUGCCACCAAACUCAUUAACUCUUACAACAAAAUCAUACAUACCAGCGCCAGCAUCUAUAACAUCGGAUGAAAACGAUCCAGACUACCCAGAUUCACGUUACGAAUGCGCAAUAUGCAUACAUUGGUUAAAUGAACCUGUACUCACAUCGUGCGGACAUCGUUUUUGCAAAUCCUGUCUCAAUGAAUGGCUACGAAAUCAUAAUCAAUGCUGUCCGUUGGACAAUGAAAAACUCUCUGCUGACCGUAUUUUUCCAGAUAAUUUUACCAGGCGUGAAAUUGAGCAAAUUAAAUUUAAAUGUCCCAAUUCACCGCAUGGUUGCGAAGUGAUCGCAUCACCUAUAGAAGUGGAUCGACACUUACCAACUUGUCGUUACAGACGUCAACAAGAGAGCACCGAAGAGAAGUGUCCCUUUGCUAUUGUUAAAUGCGAUUUCAUUGCACGAGCAGAAACAAAUGCUAUUGAAGAGCAUAUCAAAGAUAAUAUGCCACAUCAUUUGCAACUGAUGUUGCAGGCAUUUCAACAAACCGCUAUAUCAACAUGGAACCCACAGAAGGCAACAUCUAAGACAAAUGGUCAUGUUUCAGGUGCAGUACCUCCACCACCACAAUAUGCAAACGAAGCAGACGAGCAACUAAUACAAGCAAUGUAUCAACGUAUCGUUAUUUUGGAACAACGUACACGUGAACAGGAUGUUAAACUUGAAAAUCUAACAAAACAAUUACAAUUAACUACAUCGCGACAACAAAUCGAUCCUCGUUACAGCAAUGGUACAAUAGUAUGGGAAAUUAAUAAUUUCCAUGCGCUUGUCGAGCGUUUACGUGCCAAUGCUAAUAAUCAAAUAUAUUCGAAAGAAUGCUACACGUCGCCUUAUGGCUACAAAUUUUGCGCUCGUCUUAAUAUACAGCCUAAGAAGGAUAAUUUAUUAAGUCUACACGUUCACUUAAUGCAAUCCGAAAACGAUUUCCAUCUUGAUUGGCCAUUUAAAGGACGCAUAAAAUUGUGUAUGAUACAUCCACGUGAUCCAGGCAAUCUCUCACAACAUGACACCUUAAUGACAAAACCUGAAAUAUUAGCAUUUCAUCAACCACAUGAACGUAUCAGUACUAGAGGAUUCGGUUUUGUCGAAUAUGCCAAAGUUUCUGAUAUUGUACAUAAAGGCUUCUGUGAAGGUGAUCGUUUAGUUAUUAAAAUACAAAUGAAUAUAGUCUGAAGAGAAAAAACAGAACUUUUCAAAUAAUGGAGCUUUCUAAUAUUCUAUUAUUAAUUACAGUCAUAGUUCCAUAACUCGAAUAUCUAUAACUCGAACUAAAUAGAGUGCAACAGGGUUUAGAGAGCAAAUUACAUAUAAUUACAAAAAGUUCUAUAACUAGAAGUCUCCAUAAGUGGAAUCUUGUCUUUGCAAAAUGGUACUUUGAGUUAUGGAAGGUUGGCUGUAUUUCCAUUUUAUUGUAAUUUCUUUGUGUUCUUACAGUUAAUUUAAGUUCAUUCAAUUGUAAUAUUAGGAUAUAUAUAUUUUUGUUUGUAUUUUGUGCAUAAUCAUUUAUAUCUAUUUGUUAUUAUAUAUUACUUAGCCGUCCAUAUAAUUCCAUUAGAAAACUAGUUAUGUAUGGUAAAUUAGACAAAGUUUAGUAGUGUUUUACAAUUAAUUAAAUUGUAUUAUCAUUUCAUUUUGUAUUAGUGGAAAAUUCCUUCU